AUGGCGUCCCAGGAACUCGCAAUCGAGAGGCUGCAGUUGGCCGUAAUUGACGGCCGAACAGAGAACAUACGCUACCGCCAAAACCAGAUCCAUAGCCUCCACGCUGCAUUACGCAACGAAGCCGGGCUAGUAUGCAGUGCUCUAGCCCGAGAUUCUCAAGCAUCUCCAGCAGAAGUUGAAACUGAAUACUACCUUGCAAUGGACACGAUCAGACACUGGUACGAAACAAUAGACUUCGCGGAAGAGCAUAAGAAGGAGUAUCUCCCUGUGACCGAGGGGAAGGAUAAUACGACGCGCAGACUGGGUGUUGGACUGGUUAUCAUCCGACCCACGAGUCACACUCGGUUUUAUUCCGUCGUCGCGCCCCUGGCCGCUGCUAUUGCGGCUGGAAAUUGUGUUAUACUUGAGCUCGAAGACACGCUCCUCCAAGUUGACUCGGUCCUGCGCAAGAUCCUCCCAGAUGCGUUGGAUCUGAACACGUUCUGUUUGAGCAAGACGAUCAAAGAUUUCUCGAUACUCGAGUCGGCCAUGCUAGUUGACCAAACGACCAGUGCUGCUUCGAAUACAAAAACUAAUCAGCUUCUCUCUGCUACAAUUACACGCACGGUCGCUGUCGUAGACAGGACGGCAGAUGUGCAGGCGGCUGCCAAGGCCAUUACCAACGCCAGGUUUAGCUUUGGCGGUACAUCGCCGUACGCACCUGAUCUGGUGUUGGUGAACGAGUUCGUGAAGCAGGAGUUCUUCGAAGCAUGCUCAAAAUAUGCUACGUUGGCGUUUGCCAAAGAAUCUGGCAUCAAGAAGGUCAGUGGGAACCAGAGCGAAGCCACACGUAAAGCGGUCAGGGAUGCGGAGGAGAAGAAGCAAGUGUCGAGCUUCGGCUCGGAUGACUUUAAGCUUGUGGAUGUAUCUGAUAGGACAUCGCCGCUUGCGCAUCUGAAGAUUAGUGGAAGAUAUCUCCCUAUUGCCAGUGUCUCAGGUCUUGUCGAUGCCAUCUUUACGGAGGAAUUUGAAAGCCCAUUGCUGGCGGGUUAUUUCUUCGCUGACGCCGGAUCUGCCAAAUACCUAGCUCAACAUCUUCCGUGCCAUGUUUCCUGCAUCAACCAGAUACCCGUCCAAUUGCUAGUGGGGCCAGCGGCUCCUGUUGCACAUGAUGCAGAUUUCUACUACAGGUACAACAAAGACAUGUUCUCAAAGGCGAGACCACAGUUUAUUGAGGCGCCGCCGGAGACAUUUGCGAUGGCAGAGGAGCUGCUUCUAGGAUCCAAGAAGACUACAACUUCGGCGAUUAGGACGCUGGCAGUCAGGCCGCUGAAGCCGACAGGACAACCUGGCAAUGCGUCACUUGGGUUCUUCGAAGCUGGGUUCGUAACAAUGGCUAGCAUCACCCUCUUUGGCAUUCUGCCUAUUGUGAGUUAUGGUGCAUGGGUUGUGGGGAGGAAAGGAUUUGAGCAAGCUUUGCGUUGGAGGCAUUGA